AUGCCGACUGGCGGCCAUGUGCCCGCAACACGGAAGAUUGUUAUAAACCAAGAUCAUCAGCCCCAAAAAUGUCGUAAUAAUGUGAUCAGUACAUGUAAAUAUGAUGCGCUAACAUUUCUGCCUCGCUUCCUCUACGAGCAGUUCCGACGCUACUCCAACAUUUUCUUUUUAUGUAUCGUGCUUUUACAGCAAAUAAACGGGAUCUCCCCGACGGGUCGUUAUACAACACUGGUGCCAUUUGUGAUCAUUUUGACGGUUUCUGCGCUCAAGGAAAUUUUUGAAGAUAUAAAAAGACGUACAUCCGAUACAAAAGUGAAUAACUUCCCCACCCAUGUGUUGAGAAAUGGCAGCUUCACAGAGAUCAAAUGGAAAGAGGUUCGCGUUGGCCACAUUAUCCGGGUCGACUGUGACCAGUUGUUCCCUGCCGAUCUGCUUAUAGUGGCUUCGAGUGAACCGCAAGGAAUGGCUUAUAUCGAAACCAGUAACCUUGAUGGUGAAACGAACUUGAAAAUCAAGCAGGCCCUGGAUAAUACAGCCAAGAUGACUUCUUCAAAUUCUAUACAAGAACUGACCGGAGCACGGAUAGAAUGUGAGCUGCCAUCGCGGAAUGUCAACGAAUUUUCUGGGAAUUUGAUCUACAAAGACGAUACCCGGCAUUUUGGUAUGGACCAGCUUCUGCUUCGUGGAGCGCGCUUGAAAAAUACACCUUGGAUUUACGGCGCAGUGAUCUAUUCGGGACAUGAUUCUAAGCUUUUGAUGAACAGCAAGAGUGCUCCACUGAAGAGCGGAACGAUUGACCGAAUGACUAACCGCCGCAUCAUCGUACUGUUCGUCGUCUUGGUUUCCUUGGCACUGGUUUCAGCAGCUGGCCAGCAGAUUUGGAACGCCUACAACCUGGAACAAUCGUGGUAUUUGAACCCGAUCAUGAAGGGCCAAGGAAACAAUUUCACUGGUUUCAUCAUGAAUGCCAUCACGUUCUUCAUCCUGUACAACAAUUUGAUCCCGAUAUCUUUGCAAGUGACGCUCGAGAUGGUCCGCUUCUUCCAGGCCUACUUCAUCAAUUGGGACCUGCAAAUGUAUGACGAACGGACAGAUUCACGAGCCAUCGCAAGGACAAGUAACCUCAACGAAGAACUGGGUCUUGUUAAAUUCGUUAUGUCUGAUAAGACUGGAACUUUGACGAGAAAUGUCAUGAAAUUCAAGAGGGCUACCGUGGCCGGGAAGAAGUAUGGAGACAAUUCUGGUGAAGAGUUCGAAGAUGAUCAUUUGAUGGCAGACGCAAAAUCGAAUGCCGAAGAAGCGGUGGAUAUCCGAGAACUACUAACGAUGAUGGCUGUUUGUCACACCGUCGUCCCCGAGAAGAAGGAUGAUGAGAUCAUAUACCAAUCGUCCUCCCCUGACGAAGGCGCCCUUGUGCGCGGAGCGGCCAGCCAGGGAUUCGUGUUCCACACACGUCAGCCUCAACGAGUUGUCAUAAAGAUGUUCGAUGAGGAUCUUCCAUUUGAUAUCCUUGACGUCAUUGAGUUCACCUCGGACCGAAAGCGGAUGAGUGUCAUCGUCAAAGACGGUCAAGGGAAGAUCAAGCUGUAUUGUAAAGGCGCGGACACGAUGAUCUUUGAUCGCGUCGACCCGGACUCCAAGCAAACAGUCGACUUUGUCAAGGAUUCAUUAGAAGAAUACGCAACCUUCGGUUACCGCACUUUGUGCUUUGCCAAGAAAGAUAUCAGCGAGUCUGAGUACAACCAAUGGUCACCUGAAUACAAAAAGGCUGGUGUAAUGAUCGAAGGGCGAAAAAAGGCGUUGGAAGAAGCAGCUGAGAGAAUUGAGAAAAACAUGAAGCUUGUUGGCGCGACUGCCAUUGAAGACAAACUACAAGAGUACGUACCAGAAACGAUACAAGCAUUGAUGGCGGCUGACAUCCACGUUUGGAUGCUGACUGGCGAUAAGCGAGAGACGGCAAUCAACAUUGCUCACUCUUGUGCACUGGUCAAUCAGAAUACCGAGCUACUGAUUGUUGACAAGACCACCUAUGAUGACACCUACCACAAGCUGAUUCAGUUCGUCGACCGUGCCAAGCAACUGGAAGAGCAGAAGCGGGAAUUUGCGAUGGUGAUUGAUGGCAAAUCCCUAGUCCAUGCGCUGACCGGAGAAGCUCGCGACUAUUUUGGGCAGUUAGCUUUGAUGUGCCACUCAGUAGUCUGCUGCAGAAUGAGUCCCAUGCAAAAGGCAGAGGUUGUUGACAUGGUACGAAGACUCGGUGAUCACGUUGUUCUGGCCAUCGGUGACGGGGCCAACGAUGUGGCCAUGAUUCAGGCGGCUAAUGUCGGAAUCGGCAUUUCUGGUGAAGAAGGACUGCAAGCAGCCAGUGCUUCCGAUUAUGCGAUAGCACAAUUCCACUUCCUACGACGUCUACUCCUUGUGCAUGGUGCCUGGGAUUAUGAUCGAUCGGUCAAAGUCAUCCUGUAUUCCUUCUACAAAAACAUUUGCCUCUACAUUAUCGAGCUUUGGUUCGCAUUCUUCUCCGCAUGGUCUGGACAGACAAUCUUUGAAAGAUGGACGAUCGGAAUGUUCAACGUCAUCUUUACGGCAUGGCCACCGCUGAUCAUCGGCCUUUUCGACCGUCCUAUCAACGAUGAGCAGAUGAUGCGCUUCCCAGCACUGUAUUAUUCCUUCCAGAAGCGUGCCUUCACUAUGGAUAAAUUUGCCGGCUGGAUUGGAGUGGCGAUAUAUCAUUCCCUGCUUUUAUACUUCCUUACCUACUUCUUCCUCGACGAACAGGUCGUGUGGAGCAAUGGUCGUGUAGGUGGCUGGUUGAUGCUGGGGAAUUCCACGUAUACGUUUGUGGUAAUCACCGUCUGCCUGAAAGCGAUCCUGGAAACGGAUUCUUGGACGUGGAUCAGUGGCUUUUUCUGCGCAAUUUCAAUUGCCUCAUGGUUCGUGCUCGUCUGGGUCUACAAUGAGGUCUUCCCGACAGUAGAGCGCAUCGGAGCCGAUAUGGCUGGCAUGUUCUGGAUAAUGUGCUCGUCUCCUACAUUCUGGCUCGCUCUGAUCUUCAUCCCAACCACAACUCUGCUGGCCGAUUUAUGUAUAAAAUCUUUGAAAGCCACCGUCGCUCCGACUCCACGCGAACAAGCAGUGCGCAUGCAAAAGCGUCACGGCUUUGAGCGACUCAUUAGGGACCCGAAGAGCCAGACUACAAGCCCUGCGAAGACGGAUGAUGCUCCAACCACCUCGUCUGGCUAUGACAAUCUGGGGGCUGAAUACGGUAGCACGGAUCGUGUCUCUGAUGAAUGGAGGGCCCGUGUCUUUGAUCGUUCCCAACAUAAUGGAAAUAGUCAUAUUCCGCGGAAUGGCGUUGAGCCGAUUCCGCUGCUCCCUUUUGACCGUCGUGCCCCUUCCUACGAUAACCCUGCCCUCGAAACCCGUGACGAGGGCCCCUUUCUACCAAUCGACGUCGGCGGCACCGAUCUUGAGAAGAGAUCGCGAAAGUCGACAUUCCGAUUCGUCACUCGCCCUUCAGGAUGCGACCCGGUUGACCGCACACAGCGAAGCUUCAAUAGCUUUGCGCGAGCUUACGCGAUAUGGAUUUGCCUUUUCGCAAGCGGAAGAAGGUCCAAUGGAACAGACAGAACUGAUCAAUGUGGAUUCGACGAUGGA